CUCGUGAUUAACUUUCAUGUUAAAGUGUUUUUACAAGUACUAAUAGUUGGUUGGCAUAAUUAAUUAGAAUAGAGUUAUAAUUAUUAUUUGUUUUCAUUAAUGUUUUACACAGGUACUUAGUCAUCAUCGGGUUCUUGCAACAAUGGGGAAAAGCGUAUGGUUUUGUGGUGUAAAAGUCAGACGCCUCCAUUUUUCGGAUUAUCAACUUUUACUGUGGAAACAACUUUCAUUAAACAAUUUUGGAUGUCAUAUGGGCGCACUAAAUAGCAAUAUAACUUACUCAUUUCCAGAAGAACAUCAAAUAUUUUUAUUAGAUUCAAGCUGUAAAGAUUCUGAUAAAAUACUUAGAAAAGCCGAUGAAUUAAAUUUGUUCAACCAACCGUUCAGAUGGCUAAUAUGGGGCAAAACAGAUUACCGAAUUUUCGAAGGCUUCUAUUUGAGAUUGGAUAGUCAAGUUUUUGUGAUAGAAAAAACCACAACAAAUACGUACCGUAUCAAAUUAUUGUAUAAACUUACUGAACAUUCCGUGGAAUAUUUAGACAAUGAAUUGGCAGAAUGGGAAAAAGAUCAAGGUUUUACGGUAUACAAGGAGUUAUCGCAUUCGAGAAAUAGGACGAAUUUGAUGGGUCUGAACUUACAUAUUUCAUAUGUUGUUACUAAUAAGGAUACUAUGCAUCACUUGGAAGAUUACAGAAAUAAACACAUAGAUCCAAUAUCAAAACUAAAUUGGUUUAUAAUGAAGCACCUAUUAACAAUUUUAAAUGCAACUUCAACUCCCCUAUUUCAACCAAGUUGGGGCUAUAGAGAUGUAAAUGAUACAUCGAAGUUUACGGGAAUGAUAGGAGACUUACAGUCAGGAAGAGCUGAAUUUGGAGGGACAGCUUUGUUUUUUACAAUUGACAGAAUAGACGUCAUAGAUUACAUCGCACCCAGCGUUCCGACUUUUAUGAAAUUCAUCUUCAGGGCCCCACCGCUAUCUUAUGUCUCAAAUGUGUUCACUCUUCCAUUUGAUACCUACGUCUGGUACAGUUGUUUUGCACUUGUCCCACUGAUUUUUGUCGUUGUUUACGUUAUCGUCAUUUGGGAAUGGAGAGACCCUGUUUUUAAGGAAAAAGUGGAUGAAUUACAUUCAAAUUGUAUCGCUCCUUUAAGACCGGGCUUUUUUGAUGUUUUAGUCAUGGAAUUGGGAGCUAUAACGCAACAAGGUACUGAUACUGAACCAAAGAGCAAUUCUGGAAGAAUAGCGACCGUUUUUGCAUUUAUAGCUUGCAUGUUUUUGUACACCUCUUAUUCAGCGAAUAUUGUGGCCAUUUUGCAAUCUACAACGGAAAGUAUAAAAACUUUAGAAGAUUUGCUAAACUCUAGGAUUUCUUUAGGUGUUGAAGAUAUAGUUUACAGUCAUUAUUACUUCAAAACUGCUGAAGAACCUGUUAGAAAAGCCAUUUACCAACAAAAGGUGGCACCCAAAGGACAAAAGCCAAAUUUUUUUACCAUCGAUGAAGGAAUAAGUCGGGUUCAAAAAGGGUUCUUUGCUUUCCAUGUCGAGGUUUCUAAUGGGUAUAAAGUCGUUGCAGAUAAAUUUCAAGAGAACGAAAAAUGCAGCUUAAAAGAAAUCGCAUUUAUUAACCUCAUUGAACCUUGGGUAUCAAUUAAAAAACGGUCUGCUUAUAAAGAAAUUGUUAAAGUAGGAUUGAGGAAAAUUUUGGAAUCGGGCAUUCAAAGAAGAGAGAUCAAUCGUCUCUAUUCCAAGAAACCGAUUUGUCACAGCAAGGGUAGUAAUUUUGGCAGUGCUGCCAUUUUGGAUUGUUACGCUGCAUUUCUUCUUUUCGGAAUAGGAAUUUUUAUAAGUUUCUUAAUAUUAUCUUUCGAAAUUUUGAUCAAAAGAAAAAUUGAUCGGAUAGUAAGUAAAUGCGAAACUAUUCCCUUCAGACCUACAGCGGAUAAUAUGGAGAAAAACUACUCUAAUGAAAUAUCUUAAAUAUAUUGAAAGUCUAUUAUUAAUGAACUGUAAAAUUUAUGUUGUAGCGGCUGCUGAUUCACGUACAAUAAAAUGAGUUAACUUGCAUUGCUUGAGCGAAUAUAGCAACGGAUUUUGGAUAAAGAAAAAAAUCCCAGUAUCAAAAAAAAUAUCGUAGGUGCGUGCGUAUGUGCACCGACACGAUAACUAUAGAACGAUCGACUUACGCUUUUGAUUGUAGUUGAUAAUUUCUUCCAGCGGAAAACCCUAUUAAUUUUCAGAAUUUUUGGUUUAACUUUAAUGCUUUAAUAUCAGUGUUUUUAAAAUGCAAUGCAUUUUUUAUGGAGCU